GUACAGACUAAGGCAACGAUGACAGCAUAAGUACACACGGCUGCCGGUGGCCUCCAGUUUCAAUUUACAUCCACUUCUUCAAUCUUAUUCUCUACGUGCCUAACGGCUGCAUUUCUUUCCUACGUCUUUCCUGCCAGCCGUACCAUCAAUCAUGGCGACGGCUGCCCUGACGAACCUUCUUGACUUCGUCCCAUUUUGGAUCAAACGAGUGGAGACCGAGAUUGAACAGCACCAGGCCAGGCUAGCCGCUGUUGCUGCCGCUGAUGGCGAGAACCUUGAGACCACGCUCUUUCACCACAAAGAGUCGGCCGGCCCUCUCGCGACGCUCGUGAAUACGCCCGAGAUUGUCGCCCUGUAUGACCCCAGCGACAAGGACCAAGCCAAGCUGGUUGCUAUUGCUGCCACCGAUGGCAAGAAGUACGAGACCGCGUCUCUUCGCAAACGCUCGACCGACUCUCUCGCGACACUCGUGAAUACACCCGAGAUUGUCGCCCUGGACGAUCCCAGCGACAAGGAGGAAGAACAGAACCCCACUUUCCAGCAAUGCCCUUCCGCAGGGAAACAGUCUCAGGGGGGCAUCGAAAGGGAGUGGCAACAGACCAAAACUAGGCAACGAUCGCCGUCAAUGAUUGCGUUGGCUGAGGGCACUCCCAGGACCUAUGGAACAGGGAACCGGACCCAGGUUUACUACGAUAGCCUUGGGCAGAGCUACUUCCAUGAUAUCCAUCAAUUCGCGUCAUUUAUUGGAUGUCUUAUACGCAAGGCUAAGACAGCUGUUAUAACCGACCACUUCAAGCGACUAGCUAAGAUGGAUGUAUCCGAGGAGGGCAAGAAUGGCGAGAACGACCUUGAGGCUUUCCAUUCACAACGGCAGAUGACCCCAUGGAGAUCUAGGCUGAUGGAAUUAUCGCGACAACCAAGUUUCGGUCCUGGCCGAGACAAUGACCAACUUCUACGCGUGUAUUAUGGGCUGGGGGAUGAAAUCGAUAAAUUGGGAAGAAUGUGUGAGGGCGGUGCCUACAGGUUGUUACGAGAUGGUGAAUGCAGCAGAGAGAUCACACACAUACUCAACCUGCUUGUCAAACUCCUAAAAAUGACCAAUGAGGAGAUGGAGCUUGUGAAACGCGAGGAGCCUGAAUUUGCCAAGGAGGCGGGCGAGCUGAGCAAGGUAUGCACGAGCCGGCACAUCCUCAUGCGAGGAGACUGUGAUGAUCGCGAUGGGGAGCUUUCCAGGCUUGAAGCUGCCGAAUCCACAAUCGACCCAAGUGCAACCCCCGAGGUCGCAGACAUCAACGAAGCUGGCGAGGGAGCCAAUGUUAGUUCGAAGAGGCUCAAGCUUCUGUACCAGCGAACCAUGCAGAAUCGCAGACCGCCUGGUCUCUAGGUCGACGACAACACCAUUGAAGGCGCGAGGGGAACUGAGACCAAAGGGGGUGAUUUAACUUACUAUACGGCAAGAGACAUCAAAAUAUUACUAUAUUCAGAUAGACAAGAAGCUAGAGUAUCUGAGUAAAAGUUGAUAGAUUGAGAACAAAGAGAUUGAGCAACGCGAUCUGUUGAUAUUUCGUCGAAAUUAUGUAGAACUCUAACUUUAGAUAAUAAAAUUGCUUCGCAUAUAUAUUCCUACUGUGCGCUCAGCUGUGGGGUGUAUGACAUUAUGCUCUCUGGGCUCUGGAUCAGCAUCGCCCAGGGGCGGUUACUGAGGUGUUGG